AUGGGAUCUGAAUACUUAAAUAAUGAUAAAGACAGUGUUACAAUCGAACAAGGACGAGUUAAAAAUGAAAUAUUAGAAGAAUUAGAUGUUAGUGUGAAUCCUGAAAUAAUUUUUGUGAAGCAAGAAAAUUUGUCUACAAUUAAUUGUGAAAACGAAUUAAAUACAGAAUUUAUUAUAAAAGACGAAAUAUUCGAUGUAAGUGUUUUAGAAUCACAACAAGUUAUAGCAGAAGGAAAACCAUUUUCAUGUGAUAUUUUCAGUUUAAUUUGUCAUAUACGAACGCACACUGGAGAGAAACCAUUUACAUGUGAUAUUUGUAAGAAAACAUUUACUAUGCGAAGCACUUUAAUUAAACAUAAACGAAUUCAUUCUGAAGAAAAAGCAUUUUCAUGUGAAAUUUGUGAUAAAACAUUUGCUCAGUCAAGCUCUUUAAUUGUACAUAAACGAAUCCAUUCUGGAGAAAAACGAUUUUCAUGUGAAAUUUGCGAAAAAUCAUUUCGGCAUAAAAGCAAUUUAAUUGUACAUACACGAAUGCACAGUAAAGAAAAACCAUUUUCUUGUGAAAUUUGUAAUAAAACAUUUAAUCAGCAAAGUAGCUUAACUUUACAUAAACGGAAUCAUAGUGGAGAAAAACCAUUUUCCUGUGAUAUUUGUAAAAAAUCAUUUAAAAUCAAGUUUAAUUUAGAUUGUCAUAAACGAGCGCACAGUGAAGAACGACCAUUUCCAUGUGAUACUUGUGGGAAAAGAUUUGGUAAUAAAAGGACUUUAGGCUAUCAUAAACAAAUUCACUCUGGAGAAAAACCAUAUUCAUGUGAUAUUUGUGAAAGGAGAUUUAGUAUUCGAAGGUAUUUAGUUGAUCAUAAACGAACGCAUUCUGGAGAAAAACCGUUUUCCUGUAAUAUUUGUAAUAAAACCUUUACUCAACAAAGCACUUUAAAUUUGCAUAAAAGAAGUCACUCUGAUGAAAAACCAUUUUCUUGUGAUAUUUGUGAGAAAAAAUUUAAAACUCAAAGGUAUUUAUCUGAUCAUCAACGCUCUCACUCUGGAGAAAAACCAUUUUCUUGUGAAAUUUGUAACAAAACAUUUAAAAUACAAGUCAGUUUAAUUAGUCAUAAACGAAUGCACGGUGGAGAAAAACCAUUUUCAUGUGAUAUUUGUAAAAAAACAUUUGGUUAUCAAAGUAGUUUAGUUGAUCAUAAACAAAUUCACGGCAGGGAAAAAUCAUUUUCAUGUAAUACUUGUGAUAAAACAUUUAUUCAACAACACGCAAUGAUUGAAAUGAAGCCACUCGACAGCUGUAACAGCUCACGCAGUGUCAACUCACAGUUGCACAAUUUAACUUCACGGGAGUGCUACGAAAUUCGAACAAGUCGAAGAUUUAUUUGCCCACAAGGUACUCGUUUAAAAAGAAGUUCUACUUUUGAAAAUCGAGCAGGAACAGAAUUAACAUGGAACAGUUUUACGCUAGGUUUUGUACCAAGUAUUCCACGGUCCAGACCACGACAAUGUUCACCAAAACAGACAGGACGUGUAUUUACAGAACUUAUUAAUAAUGGUGCUGAAAUAUCACUUCUUUCGAUAACAUCUACUCCUGAAAAUCCGUUGGAAAAUCAGUGUUUGGAAACGGAUGAUGAUGAUUUAAUAUAA